GUCUAGCCUUCUACCGCUUCUCAGUGAUGUUCCGGUUUCCGCCCUUCUCCUCGCGCUGUUUACGCCUCUUCCCUUCCGCCGCCAGAGUUUGACGUGCUCUCGCGAGAUUUGGGCCUCUUCCUAAGCCGGCGCUCGGCGAGUUCUCCCAGGAGAAGACCAUGUUCAGUUCGAGCGCCAAGAUCGUGAAGCCCAAUGGCGAGAAGCCGGACGAGUUCGAGUCCGGCAUCUCCCAGGCUCUUCUGGAGCUGGAGAUGAACUCGGACCUCAAGGCUCAGCUCAGGGAGCUGAAUAUUACGGCAGCCAAGGAAAUUGAAGUUGGGGGUGGUCGGAAAGCUAUCAUAAUCUUUGUUCCUGUUCCUCAACUGAAAUCUUUCCAGAAAAUCCAAGUCCGGCUAGUGCGCGAGUUGGAGAAGAAGUUCAGUGGGAAGCAUGUUGUCUUUAUCGCUCAGAGGAGAAUUCUGCCUAAGCCAACUCGAAAAAGCCGUACAAAAAAUAAACAGAAGCGUCCCAGGAGCCGUACUCUGACAGCUGUGCAUGAUGCCAUCCUUGAGGACUUGGUCUUCCCAAGCGAAAUUGUGGGCAAGAGAAUCCGCGUGAAACUAGAUGGCAGCCGGCUUAUAAAGGUUCAUUUGGACAAAGCACAGCAGAACAAUGUGGAACACAAGGUUGAAACUUUUUCUGGUGUCUAUAAGAAGCUCACAGGCAAGGAUGUUAAUUUUGAAUUCCCAGAGUUUCAAUUGUAAACAAAAGUGACUAAAUAAAAUAUAUAUUCACAGUA